CCUGAAAAGAGGAAGCUUGUGGGCCAGCCACCUAACUCUGCCUGUGUUACACUGAGGAGGAGCUGCUUAGUAGAAGAUGAAGCCCUUGUCCCUAUUCAUAGAGAUAUUGAUAAUUCUUGGGGUCACAAUUAAAAAUAUCGAAGCAGAAAAACAUAAUAAAAAGCAAAAAGAAAGAAAUGUCACCACACAGGUAUCAGUGAAUGAAAUCAAACAAUUUUUAUCACAUACAUUGGAACGAAGAAAAUUGAAUAAAGUAAUCAAUAAAAGAGAAAAUCUCUUAGAAAAAAAGAAGAAUCAACAUAAAUUAAGAAUAAAAGGAAUUCAAAAUAAAGCUCUCUUGAAAAGAAAUAAAAAUCAUUCAAAAAAGCAAGCAUAUAAAAAUCUCACAGAUGAAGGAGACCAGCUUUUUAAGAUGGGCAUCAAGAUUCUCCAGCAGUCUAAAAGCCAAAAACAAAAAGCAGAAGCCUACAUACUCUUUGCCAAAGCAGCUGACAUGGGAAAUUUGAAAGCUAUGGAGAAAAUGGCUGAUGCUUUGCUAUUUGGAAAUCUUGGCACGCAAAACAUUACAGAAGCUAUCCAAUUAUAUGAGUACUUGGCUAAAGAAGGAUCAUAUAAAGCCCAAAACGCAUUAGGAUUUUUGUCUUCUUAUGGAAUAGGAAUGGAAUACAAUCAAGCUAAGGCACUGAUAUAUUACACUUUUGGAAGUGCUGGAGGAAGCAUGAUGUCCCAGAUGAUUUUGGGGUACAGAUAUUUGUCAGGAAUCAACGUUCUACAGAAUUGUGAAGUUGCCCUAAAUCAUUACAAGAAAGUGGCAGAUUAUAUUGCUGACAAAUUGGAAAAAAGUGAAGGUAUUCCAGUGGAAAAAGUGAGACUAACUGAGAGACCUGAAAAUCUGAGUUCUAACAGUGAGAUUUUGGAUUGGGACAUAUACCAAUAUUAUAAAUUUUUGGCAGAAAGAGGAGAUGUUCAGUUACAAGUAUCUCUUGGACAAUUACAUCUAAUUGGGAGGAAAGGUCUAGAUCAGGAUUACUACAAAGCAUUAUAUUACUUCUUAAAGGCAGCAAAGGCCGGGAGUGCAAAUGCUAUGGCAUUUAUAGGAAAGAUGUAUUUAGAGGGUAAUGCUGCAGCACCACAAAAUAAUGCUACGGCCUUCAAAUACUUUUCCAUGGCGGCCAAUAAGGGCAAUGCAAUUGGUCUUCAUGGGCUCGGUCUUCUUUACUUUUAUGGGAAAGGAGUUCCUGUGAACUAUGCUGAAGCACUGAAAUACUUUCAGAAAGCUGCAGAGAAAGGAUGGCCUAAUGCACAGUUUCAAUUAGGCUUCAUGUACUACUCUGGCUCUGGAGUAUGGAAGGAUUAUAAACUUGCCUUCAAAUAUUUUUACUUGGCAUCUCAGAGUGGGCAGCCCCUUGCCAUUUAUUACCUGGCCGAGAUGUACGCAACAGGAACAGGAGUGUUAAGAUCAUGCAGAACUGCUGUGGAGAAAAGGCUAAAAUUCUUGAAAAAGAGAAGAUGUAUCCAAUGGCACUUCUCCUAUGGAAUCGAGCUGCCAUUCAAGGACAUUCACUUGGCCAGGAGACUAUAUGAUAUGGCUGCUCAAACAAGUCCGGAUGCUCACAUACCUGUGUUCUUUGCCCUCAUGAAACUGGAAACUGUGCAUUUGCUCCAAGAUAUCCUGAUUUUUAAUUUUACAAUGAGAUGGAAAUGGAUGAAAUUGGACAACACCCUUGGACCAUACUGGGAUUUAUUUGUGAUUGGCCUAAUUGUUGCUAUGCUGAUCUUCUUGCUUAGAAAUCACUACCGGUAGGAUCUGGAUCAUAGGAAAACCAGUUCACUCCAAGGUAUCCUCGCUAAAUAAAGAACUUCCUUGUCAAACUCAAGAGUCUGCUGCAGAUUUCACACACAAGUCUGUGGUGGAAAAUGGACA